CCAGAGCACCUUGCAUUCCUCAUCAGAUGUCACCCCCACCCCGACUUCCUCCACCAUGUCCUGAUGGUGCUUUGUGACGUGUAAAGCCUUCCUUCCUGCCCAGGGCUACCAUUGGCUGGGUAGUGGAGUGUUGACCAAUCACAGCUCAGUGACGUGAUCGCCUCAUUGUCCUGGAUCACGGGAGGGGUAUAUACAGGGAGGCCAGGCAGCCUGGAGUUAGUCGACCGUUGGGAGACGUUGAGCGGCGGAAGAUGAGUCCAAAGCCGAGAGCCUCCAGACCUCCGGCCACGGCCAAGGAGUCACGAAAGAGCAAGUCCUCCCUCGAGCUGAGCCCCAGUCGCCCGAAGAAGAAGACUACCAAGGUGGCCACGAAGGGGAAAGCAGCCCGUGGAAGGAGAGGCGGGAAGAAAAGGGCCACAAAAAAGAUGGCGGCUGUGAUGGCACCUGAGGCGGGGAGCGGGCCAGUGACACCCGGCCCCAGUGACCAGCCCAGCCAGGAGUUCCUUCAGUACGAGCUGCCACUGGCAGAGCUAGUGAGCGAGGGGACCCAGCACGACCCACUGAGUCAGGAGACCAAGCUGGAGGAACCACUGAGUGAGGAGACCGAGCUGGAGGAACCACUGAGUGAGGGGUGGCCAACUACACCCCUAGCUCCCUGAGCAGCCACUAAGUUCAGGCCCAGCCGCCAGACCUCAGAAAUCUCACCAGCAGGGUGCUUAGCUUGGUGAGAACAAUAAAAUGAAUGUGUUGCAAA